GAUAAACAGUUAAACAAAGUUUUUUUUAACUUGGAAAGUUCAACCGAGAGCUCUUUUAAAUUUUCUAUGGAUAUAUACUGUCAAUAAAAUAUUUGAGGUACCUAAACACUUAAAAAUAGUAUGGGUAUAUUUUAUGUAAUAUACAUAUUAACUUAUUAAGUGUCUGAAAAAUCCCAUAAAUAACUUGCCUACUCUGUUUUUUUUUUCAAUUUUUUAUAGUAUUUUAGUAUUGUAUAUUUAGCAUUUGUGCUGCCAUUAAUUUAAAGAGUUACAAUAUGUUAUUGACCUUUGACUUUUAGUACUAGCCAAAAAGUGAUCUGGCACUCAAUAUUAAUUAUAACUAAUAAAUGUUGCUUCUAAAGUUUCCUUUAGGUGUAUAAGUGCAGAGUUUCGUUCUUAAAGUUUAUGCAAUUCUCUUAAUACGCUAUUUAACUCAUUUUUCUAGAUGGCGCCAACCGUCAAUAGAGCUAUUUCAAAGAAAAACUUAGUUGACCAAUGAGCGCUCUUUAUAUAAAUUCAAACGAAACGAUCGUUUAUCGCUCACCGAUAUGACAGAUUCAGGCGACGAUCGAACCGCCGUCAUAGUAGGCACAAAGCUUCGUCAAGAUAAAGAAUUGGUUGAGUGUAUAAGAAUAUUAAAUAUAAAAUAUGUAUAUAGCGACACCGGUUUUGAGCAUAUCAAAAGAAAUGUUAUAUUUGUGCUGGAUAACUUUGACGGCGAUAUUUUUACAAAAUUAAGAGAACUUAAAGCUAGAAUAUAUGGACCGCCUGUUUUAAAAAGGUGUGCCAGAGUUUACCAGAAUCGUCCCGGCCACAGUACUGUUGUACUAUGCGAAAUGUUGUCCUGUGUUUUACAGUCUCGACUGGCAGAUUUAGUGCAUCAUAUGGGUGGUAGUAUCAGAAGAGAUUACACCCCGAAAGUAACUCAUUUAGUUGCUAAUUGUGCUGGAGGAGAAAAAUAUAGACAUGCAGUAUGCUUUGGAAAAAAUAUAAUGGCAGCCAGAUGGGUUUCAGAAUGUUGGAACGUUGCUAACGACAUUGUUCGAACUGCUGAUGAUUCAGUUUUGAUGACACACAAGAUUAGACCUUUUACUUUUUGCGUUUUAUGCUUUUUUGGAAUUUCAAGUCAAGAAAGAAUAGAAAUGGAACAAUUAGCUGAUCAAAAUGAUGGUCGAGUUGUAGAUGAUCCGGAAACUCCUCUUUGUACUCAUCUUGUCGUUGGACCAGAGACAAGAGAUCUUCCAUUUGAAUUGCAUCCUCAACUUCAUGUAGUGAGAGCGGAGUGGUUCUGGGGGUGUUUACAAAUGGAAGCCACCGCCGAUGAGAACCUUUAUAAGUACGAAGCAACGAAGUCAACAUCCAGCGCUAGUCCAGCUACUCCUGGAACAAAAACUAGGAAAAGAAAGAGAGCUUUAAAAGAGAAUUUAGCUCAUUUAGCGGCUGGAGGGCGGGAUAGCUCGUUACAUAUCGUACCACUUCCAAAAAGAAAAUCGAACGGUGAUCAAGCAUCUUUCUCUUCUUCUCUUAUUUUUGAUGCCUCUAUCGAUAACGAAUUAUCUCCAGUCCUUAAAUCGAAUACGACAAUAUUACGUAAAUUUGAUAUUGAAAGUUACCAUAGAACAAUACCGAUUCUUAUGGAUAAUGAAAAAAGAGAAGAGUCAUUUGUCGAAUUAACAAAUGAAGCUAUUGCCGAUGAACUAUUUGAACAGACAAACAUAUUUGAUUGUACUAUAUCAACAACCAGUAAUGAAUUACAAUCAGAUCCUAGACCAUCAAUUUUGGAGGAGAGUUUUAAAACUCUGGAUAACGAUAACAUUAAUCCUUUAAAAAAUGUAAAAAGGACGAAAUCGGUUAGGUCGAAUUAUGAUCAUACACCGUCUAAGACCCCAGUUAUUAAAGUACCUUUAAUAGCUAAGGAUAUGAGUAAACGUCAAAAAAUUGCAAUAGAAUUGUUAGAGACUGAAAGGAAUUACGUACAUAUCUUAGCCUUUAUGAUAACGGUCAAAGACGAAUUAGAAAACACAGACCAACCAGGCGGUGCGAUUUUAGCUCAACACGAUGUCCGUGAUAUUUUUGGCUCCUUACAACUUAUAUACGACGUUCAUUUUGAAAUGUUGAAAAAGUUUAAUCAACUAAUUAAUAAUUGGAAAGAAGAUUGUAAAAUUGGUCAAGUUAUUGUUCAAAAUGUUUCUUCCAUUGAAAAAGCCUAUCCACCAUUUAUAAAUUAUCAAGAUAGAACUGCAAAAAGAAUAGCUGAAUGUGAUAUGGAGAAUGGACGCUUUCACGCGUUCCAAAAACGAUUACAAUCUAGAUCAGACGGUAUAAGAGAGAGUAUAACUGAAUUAAUUAUAAGACCUGUUCAAAGGUUACCUAGUAUGAAGCUGUUGCUAGAGAAUCUUCUAGCAAAUACGCCAGAAACUCAUGACGAUCAUGAAUGUUUAAAAGAUGCUCUCAAAAAGCUUCAUCAGGUUACAUCAAAAGUCAAUGAAGGUAAAAAGACUAUAGAUGAUCGUUUUAAGUUAUUCGAAUUAAACGAAAAGAUCGAUGGUUUACCACCAACCUGUUUGAGCUCGAAUAGACAUUUCUUAAAGCAAAUUAACGUCUGCGAAUUGACCGAAACUACCGGAAGUGGACAAAAUUUAACACUUUUCCUUUUCGAUGAUAUCCUAAUAUUGGCUAAACGAAGAAAAACUACAGUUGGUGCAACACCUCAAAGAAAAACUCAUAAGUUUCUAAAGGAAUUGCAUUUAGGUGGUAUAAAAAGAGUUGUUGAUAUCAAGGAUGCUGAUAUGCGUGGCGCGUUUGGUUUAAUAGUUACCGAUUCUAGUGAAAAAGAGCGUUUAAUAGCGUUUAUUUUGGGUGAUGAUGAACUCAUAUCAAAGAAGGACUUUUUAGUUGUUUUAUGCAAGCAAGUUUCUAGGACUCAGUGUACUACAGAUUACUUAAGUCAUAUGAUCACAAAAGAUGGUAGACAUUUUAAACAAUUUAAAACUGAUAGUGGAUCAUUAAAAGAAAAUAUCUUGGCUCAUGGUGUUGAUGCAUCACUUCUUCAUUUAGAUACUCCCGAUUCCCAUAAUAGGACAUUGAGCAGAGCCGCUAGGAGCUUAAGUAAACGAGUUAGCAGAGCUUUUUCAUUCUCUAGAACACCUAGAAAAUUACAAAGAGCUGUAGCUUCUGUCAGCCAUGUAAUGUCCCCGAGAAUGAAAACUGAUACUCUUAACGGAAAAAUGACACCGACGUUAGACAGACCUAUGAGGACUGGAACUAGCAGCGCUAGUAUGCUAGAUUUAGCUGCAGCCCAAACUCUCGAUGAAGAUAUUAUUGAAGUAUUUGAAGACGAAGUUGGCAGUUCGCCUGUUUUGACCUCUUGA